CGUUGACGCGUGCAGGCGCGAAGGAUGCAGCGCCGUGGUGGGUCAAUCGCCGCUCACUGCAUGGUCCCGUUGCGCAGGAAGGGAAUCAUCGUCGCAAAGCCUCCGCUCCAUCGAUGGAGUAGCUGCCACCGAGGCAGCACAACUACCCUUAUAGUCGUUGGCUUCGUAUCUCUUGCGCGCACUUACAUCACCACUAAGAAUCCCAACGUCGAAGCAAUGCCCGGCGACGACGUGCCGGACUCGACAGAUUGGCUUUCCACGCCCUUGUCCGGGCUUGCCUCUGUCGAGGCCGCGAUUCGGUGUCAGGUAUGCAAGGACUUUUACAAGACGCCCAUGAUAACGUCGUGCUCCCACACGUUCUGCUCUCUUUGCAUCAGGAGGGCGUUGUCCAACGACGGUAAAUGUCCCUUGUGCCGGGCUCCGGAACAGGAGCUCAAGCUUCGAUGCAACUGGUCCGUGGAGGAGGCCGCCGAGGCGUUUUCGAGAGCCAGAGAGGCGAUUUUGGGUUUCGCGAGAAGUAUACCGUCGAGGGAACGUUCGCCGAAGAGGAAGGCCGACGAUCAAGCAUCUCCUGCGACGCACGAUCUUCCCGAGCCCAAGAGGAUACGAACUUCCGCGCGCCUGAACAAGAACCGCACCGAUCAUGUAACAGUGGCUCCACAAGCGAGCAACGACGCACCGGAGGAGGUAAUACAAGCAUCAGACGACGAGGACGAGGACGAAUAUAUCCCCGAUGAUCCCGACGGCUUGGUUCCCUGCCCAGUGUGCGACAAGAAGAUGAAGGCUUGGCAGGUAUUCCAACACCUCGAGACCUGCCCUGGGCCAUCACCAGUCGCGACAAAUAGCAGUAGUCUAUCAUCCUUUGGUCAUCGUCCCCAACGACAACACAAAGCCAUUGAGCGUCUGCCUGCGCUGAACUACUCCAUGCUUAAGGAAAAUGCACUGCGGAAGAAAAUGAAUGAGCUGGGACUAUCAAGCCAAGGGCCCCGGAUAUUGCUGGAGAAGCGCCAUAGGGAAUGGCUGACAUUGUGGAACGCCAAUUGUGACGCUGCCCAUCCUAAAAAGCGUUCCGAGCUGCUUCAAGACAUGGAGAUAUGGGAACGGACGCAAGGUGGCCGUGCACCUACGAGCAGCAAAGCCUUGCAGGCCGCUGCGGCCAUCAAGGACAAGGACUUUGACGGUGCUGCCUGGGCUGCCAAACACGACUCCUCAUUCAAAGACCUGAUUGCCAGCGCGAGGAAAAGUCGAGCUGGGGCUACGAAGGCGCACGAUGAUGACGAGCCGCCGGACAAGGCGAUGAGCAUACGUACGGAAAGCCCCGAACAAAGAGUGCCGGUCUACCAGGAAGGUCAAAACACGGCGAGUCUAGCGGACAAGCUUCAGGACCCAAGGUUUGCCGAUGCGCCAUCACAAUCCGAGUUCAAAGGACCUCCUAACGGCAAUGAUGUCAUACAUCAAGGUAAUUCAGAGUCUCAUCACAAUGCGAAAGUUGCGGGGGUCUCAUCUCCCUCUCUUGGGACCGUUGCUGCUCCGGAAAGUCGUCGGCACGAUCUCGGCGCUGUUUGAUCAUAAAGCAUACAAAGCAUUCUAUAUUAUAGCAACGACGGCUUCAUCUUCUGGUACACGGUGGAUAGAGGGGAAAGAAGAGCGACUCUGCACAGUGGUUCUAAGCACAAAUUUCCUUUUGCUAUGAUCUCCAUGCAAUUAUCACAGCUUAGCCUACUCCGUACAUACAUCCGUAAUGAAGGCGGAGCUCGCUUGACGGCCGAACCCAAACGAAGUUGGCCAGGUUUCCUAUUUCUGCGCUGCGAUACUGGCCGAAUAUGUGCACGAGACCCUUCUUUAUAUGGCUUCGGCGCUUGCCUGCGGUCUCUCUUUAAGACUCUCCUCACUGGCCGAACCCCCCAAGGAAAGGUUGCCGAUUCCAGUUUCAGACGUCGGAGUCGGCGAUUUUUGCCUGUCUGGCAAAGCUUCCUGAUCUGGCACCCGAGGCAGGCUGUUCAGCUGCUUCAGUACUUGCUCUGCCUCAGCGGCGGACUUCUUCUCUGCCUCUCUGCGUUGGUCUGCCAGUGUUGCGUUCCUCGCCUCCUGUUCCAAGGCCUCCAGUUGCUGAUCAAUCUCACUCUCGUCUAUCACAGUCCCGGUCGCGUCGGCAAGGAUGGC